AUGUUCUUUACGGCGGAGGAGAAGCUGGUCAAGGUACAGAACACAGUCUGUGAGCUUAGGAAGAACGUUCGAGAGCUAAAGACCGUUUGUGUAAUGGUGUCCGUAUUAGCUUGUAUAGGUUUGGCGGUUAUGUGUGUGACUGGAAGAGGUGCAAAGAAAUAA